AUGGCAUAUUUCAAUGAAAAUAUUUAUAAAGAUUUUACAUUAUUAUUAUUAAUAGUUAUGAUUAUUCUCAAAAUUACAUUUAUCUUUCUAUUCUUAUAUUCUGUUUGUCAAGUUAAUACUAUUUGGAUAGGAGAAGAAUACUGGACUAGUAUUGAUAAAUUUGGAAAUAUUCUUGAUGGCAGAACAACUGAUGAUUUUGUUACUAUUGAUACUGACAGAAGUUUAAAAAAUCCAAAUGAUAAAAUUUUCAUUGCAUUCUGGAUAUUAAAAGAUCCUUAUGGACAUCAUGAAGCUUUUGGAACUGCAAGAAUACUAGGACCAGGUAAAAUCUGUGGAACAUUUUUAAAUCGCCAAAAUACCAGUGAAAAUUUAUGUGGAGGAUUUAGAGUUUUAUCAAGAAAUAAAAUGAAUGGUGUCAAUCCAUUUGAAUUUGUACCCAUAACACAAGUAAUUAAACCAUAUGCAGUUACCUACAGAAAACGUCAUCCAGCUAGAAUUUAUAGUUAUAAUAAAUAUGAAAAUUUUAUUGGUACUGCAAAUUUAAGAAAUCGUGUUGUAUGGGGAAUUGAAUCAGAUUUAACAAUUAUCAAAGUUGAGGAGGCAUCUACAUAUGAUGAUUAUGUUCAAAAUAUUGAAAUUUUAAUAAAAAAUCCAUCACUUGAACAGAUUGAUUCAGAAAUGUUGGCAAGAUUAAGACAAGAAAGAGAGAAUGCUGAGAAACUUCGCCGAUUAAGAGAAGAAGAAGAAAAGCUAAAAAAAGGAAUGUUACUUGAUGAAGAAAUUCAUAAUUUGAAAAACGAUAAUGAACCAGCAUUUAGACAUCGAAAACGUCUCUAA